AAUCAUAUCAAAUUUGUUCAUCACCAUCACCAUCAUUAAACUCAUCAUCUUCAUCAACAACAUUAUUAUCAUCACCAUUGUUACUAUCAUCUUCAUCGACAUCAUUACUAUCACCAUUAAAAGAGCAACAACAUGAAAAAGCUAAAAUUAAUCAAAAUAAUUUUCAAAAAUCAACACCAUUAUCAUCACCAUUAAUUAAAAGUACAAAUAUUAAUAAUAAUAAUAAUACUAAUAAUAAUAAUAAUAAUAAUAAUAACGAUAAUAAUAAUUUUAUAUUUGGUGUUGAUGUAAAUAGUACAAAUAAUAGUCAAGAAAUAGAACAAAGUAAUGAUGAAAUUCUAUUCUUUAAAGUCUGGAGAAACAUUGUUUUAAGAAAAGAGAUAUUCUCACAUGUUGUACUUUUCAAUUUAUAUUUAAAUUAUGAAUUCAAAGAUUUAAAAUCAUUAGCCAAUUUCAAAUAUAGAUCUUAUUUAACAAAUAUUUCAUUUGGAUAUUUUUUUAACGAAGACAUACCAGUCAAUGCAAUUCCAAAGAAUGUUCAAUCUAUUCAAUUCUCUUUCAGCUUUAACAAACCACUUCAAAAGGGUUCACUACCUCCACAACUAAAAAAGUUAAAAUUUGGUGAAAGAUUCAAUCAAGCUAUACAAAUCGAUAGUAUGCCAUCAAGUUUAGCCUAUAUACGUUUUGGAAAGUUCUUCAACAAACAAUUAGAAGUUGGCUCAUUACCAAUCCAUUCAGAUCAUUUAAAAACAUUAAAAUUUGGUUCAUUUUACAACCAACCAAUUUUAAAUGGUUCAAUUCCUUCAUCAGUUUCUUAUUUAUCAUUCAAAAAUGAUUUCUCUCAAGUUAUCAAUUGUAAUAAUCUUCCUUUAAAUUUAAAACAUUUAAAAGUUGGUUCAGGUUUAAUUAAUCCAACUGAUGAUGAUCAAGAUGUAAAUAAUUUUGUAAAUAAUAAUAACAAUUGUAUAUAUAAUAAUAAUAAAAAUAAAAAUAAUAAUAAUAUAAAUCUUUUAUCAAUUCCAAAAUCAAUUGAAAAACUAUCUUUUGAAAAGAAUUUCAAUGACCCAAUACCAAUAGGAUCUAUUCCAAACCAUAUAAAACAUGUUGAUUUGGGUUACAGUUUUAAUCAAGAGAUUUCUAAAGGUUUAUUCCCCGACUCAUUGGCCUCUAUUAGAUUUUCGUUUAAAUUUAACAAACCAAUCGAUAAAGAUGUAUUACCAUGCAAUUUAAAAUCACUCUCUUUUUCUCAUAUGUUUAAUCAACAAUUAUUAUCCAAUAAUAAUAGUAAUAAUAAUAACAACAACAAUAAUAAUAAUAUUAAUAUUAAUAAUAAUAUUUUUCCAAAUACAAUUACUCAUUUAGAGUUUGGAAAGUUUUUUUCCCAGCAGUUGACGUCCGAUAUUUUGCCAUCGUCUUUGACAAAUCUAACUCUAAAUAAUGAUUAUAAAUUAAAUAUAAACAUUGGUAAUAACAAUAACAAUAAUGGUAAUAAGAAUAAUAAGAAUAACAAUAAUAUAAAAAUUAAUUAUUGA